CUGACAUCCAUUGGAUUGGCGGGAAGUCAAAAUGUUAACGGAUAAACCUGAAAUCAUGUUGGAAACGUAGGAUACAAAUCAUAACUUCGAGCAAUUCUCUCUACGCCGUCCGAUCUGACACCUUUAGCGUCUGGUCCUCGCCAAAAUAGAUCAAGCUAAUCCUCAUAAACACCACGGACGUACGCUCCGCCACUCCGCCAGUAACUGACGAAGCUUAAGCAACCUCUGGAACUUUCUAGAAGUUUGAAGAACUUUCUACGGUUGCUCGCUCAAUGGCCGAGAACAAGCAACCUUCCACUGGCACAGUGAAGUGGUUCAAUGCACGGAAAGGGUUCGGUUUUAUAGCCGCCGAUGACGGCGGUGAGGACCUCUUCGUCCACCAGACAUCCAUCCGAUCCGAUGGCUUUCGCACACUUACCGAGGGACAUCCGGUCGAGUUCAUCGUCGAUUUUACGGACGACGGCCGCGCGAAGGCAGUAGAAGUGGUCGCUAUCUCCAGAUCCCGCCAUCCCUUGAGCGGCCGAGGUGGCCGGGGUCCCUGGAGAGGUGGUUCUGGGGGAAGAAUGAGAGGAGGUGGUGGUGGUGAUGGCGGUGGUGGCCGUGGAGUUGAUAAUUACUGGAGAGGCAGUAGGGGUGGACGGUUUGGUAGUAGUGGUGGUGGCGGUCGGUGUUAUAAUUGUGGUGGAAUGGGUCAUAUGGCGAGGGAUUGCUACCACGGUGGAGAUGGGGGCGGUGCCGGUGGAAAUAGAAGAUACAAUGGUGGUGGUGGUGGUGGUGGUGGUGGAGGUGGUGCCGGUGGAAGUAGGAGAUACGAUGGUGGUGGCAGUGGAUACUCUGGCGGCGGUGGUGGUGGUCGUAGUCGACGGGGAUGUUAUAAUUGUGGGGAGGAUGGGCAUUUUGCAAGGGAUUGCCCUAAUAAUGAACAGGCGUGACCAUGGUGAAGUAUAACAACUACGAUGGUGUUCAAGGGGAAGUAUAACCACUAGAGUUCACCAUCAUCACAAAUUAUCAGAUAAAUUUCUGACUUAAAAGGUUGCAAGAUGAGAAUUUCUUUUUAGCUCACCCUCUCUCUGAAAUAAUCCGCAACAUCCAUGUUAAAUCCUCAGAAGUUAUGUUCAAGCAGAGUGGUUUCAUAUGGAUUAAUUGGUGCCUUUAUUGCAACUUCCUUUAGUAUGAGUAUCAGGGGUUUUGUUCAUCACAUUUGAUGUUGUUAGAGGCGAUCACGUAAAGCUAGUAUACAUUGGGAUGUUUGCUUUCCUGAUAUAACUUUUCCAUUGAUUUUUAUGUUGAUAUACUAAAGUAACAUGUUCCAUUGCUUUUAUCUGAGUUUAAGUUAACACAUGUACCUUGUCCAACCUCAUUACCUCUUACAACAUGUAGA